UCCAACAUUGGCCGGCACGCAGUGAGGGUGUUUCCCGUGCUGUGUAUGUUGCUUCCCUCACGCCACGUUCGUUGCUGCUUCUUAGGGAUGGGCGACGAAACGCCGAUGUCUUCCCAACCACCACGAAGAGCUAAGAAGACCCGUGGAUGCAAUUGUUUUCCUGGCUGCGUAAAAGGAUGAUCCCUUUGGCCACGCAGGCGGCCGGCGAAGGCGUAUUAGAGUGGGAUGGCUGGUAAAAUAUUUAUACAUGAGGUGAAAUUUGGCAGCUAAUGAGUAACACCUCUAUAUAAGUAGUGACACGCCAUGGCUGAACAACCACUUGACCCACAACUUUGAGAAAAGCAAGACCACGGUGACCCGCGCUCCGCCAUGGCACCAACGGCUUCGCCUAGGGCAGGACAGGCCAUGGCCCGUAGGGGGCCGCUAUUCUCCAAGGCCUUGUUCCUGUUGCUACUGCCCCUCUUGGUACCGCCAGGAAGUAUGGAAGUGUUGCGGAUGGGUGAACUGAACUCCGGCGUGGUUCAUGACGGUUAUGGCAUCACCACCACCACCGCCGCCCCAAACACAUCCACCACGCUGCUGGACCACGAUUUUCCCAAGGGGCCGCUGCGACUGCUCCGGCUGGCUGUGUUUUGUGACCCCGCGCUAUUGCACCGCCUGGCCGACCACUACCCCGCCCGCCCGCACGACGCCCUCCACCUCUACGUCACCACCUUCGUCGCCGCACUGGAGGACCUCUUGCGUCAAGGCGCCCCGCUACAGCUGGAGUUGGUGCAGCUCGUGGCGUGGGAGGACAAGCAGGCGGUGCCGUUACAGGCUGGCGGACUGACAGGCGGCGUCUUGAAAAACUUUUGCGAGUGGGUGAGCGCCCUGCGGCCCGCCAAGGGUGACCCACUGCACUGGCAACACGCCCUGCUGCUUACCGGAGAAGACCUAUUUGAGUCCACGCCUUCCUCCCUCGGGGCGAGCUUCGUCGGAGGGAUGUGUCACCCUCACGGCUCCUGCUCCGUGGUGGAGGCGGGUACCUUCAAGGCAGUGCACGUGGCUGCCCACGAGCUGGCUCACUCCAUGGGUGUCCCUCACGACGGAGAGGCCGGCGCCUCAGCCUGCAAGGGAGACGGCUUCAUCAUGUCACAAAGCAUGACACAGGCAUCCUUUUCCUGGUCGUCUUGCUCCAAGGACGCCUUCGCUACCUUUCUUGAGCAAGACAAGUGCUUGGAGAAGGCACAGGUGCUGCAGGCUGUAGAGCACAAUGCUGGGGGUUUACCAGGGCAGAGGUUCCCAGCUGACCAGCAGUGUGUCAUCGCCUAUGGACCAGAAUACAAAGCGGCACCAUCCACUACAAGCAUUUGUAAGUAUUUAAGCUGCAGCAAUGGGUACAUGACACGGGGUGCCCACCCUGCCCUGGCUGGCACCACCUGUGGUAGGAACAUGGUGUGUGUUGCGGGAGAAUGCAGUGCCUCACCUGACACCCCAACGAAUACUCACCCACCCAACCAGCCACCAACUCAGCCACCCAGCUGGCCUCCCUUCCAACCACCUGAGCAGCCAACCACCAAACCCCCCAGCUGGCCUCCCUUCCAACAGCCCACCCAGCCCCCCAAUUGGCCUCCCUUCCAACCACCUGAGCAGCCAACCACCAAACCCCCUAAUUGGCCUCCCUUCCAAAUGCCCACCAACCCCCCCAAUUGGCCUCCCUUCCAACCCCCCAACCAACCUCCUGAGCAGCCACCAUUCCAACCACCAAACAGGCCACCCAUCUGUAAGCCCAACGGCUCUCCUUUCAACCGGCCACCUUUCUGUAAGCCCUACCGCCCUCCUUUCAACUCACCCAACUGGCCACCCUCGGUAAUCUUCAAUCCCGUGAUGGAGUCAGCCUUCCGUCUGGCAGCUGUCCCCAACGAGGUCAGCACAAUACCACUGCCUCUUCGUUGCAUGCUCCUCCCAGCCUUCCUUCACCCCUACAUUGGCUGUGGCUCCAGCCUCAUCAACUAUCCCUCCUCCUCCUCCAACAGUUCUGAGGCAAGGUUGGCUACGUCAGCAAGAUCCUUAACCUCACUGUCUAUAUCAGCUUCCUCUCAAGAGAAUGGACAAGAAGGGGGUGAGAUGGUUCCUCCCCACCAUGUAAAUCUUGAGAAAACAACACCAUUCACUUUCCAUAACACCAACUGGAGCACCGCUUAUCUGCCGUCAUCUCCUCCUUCCCAUUCCUACCUUCCUUCUUUCUAUUCCUCACUCUCCACCAUCAUCCCCCAAACGUAUGAUAUUCCUUCCAAUUAUGCGUACCCCGCCCUGGAAAAGAACAACAGUGUACCUAAAUCAAUAGAAGUGGAAAAUAGGGAGGAGAGCCUCACCAAAGACAAAAGAAUUGAAGGAUAUGAUGCACCAUCAUCCAACCAACAUUCAUCUAAGGGAAAGGAGAGCAACAAUGUGAAAGAGAAAGGAGAUACAGAGGGAAAUGAAGUGCCAGCUGUGAACUACAAGAUGUUAGCUUCUCAAAUGUCAAAUAUUACUAGUCAUGCAGCUGAAGAACAAACACUCCCAUCCUUUAGUAUUACAAGACAAGGCACAGCAGAGAAAGCUUCCAUGAAGUAUGAUGCCACUCCACACAGCAUUAUACAACCACUGCUUCCUAAGAGUGCUGCAGACAGUGCAGACUUUAGGCAGGAUGCUGAUGGGAUUGCCGAUGACGGCGAAGAGAAGAAAGGCAAUGAUGGAGGUGACUGUGAUGAUUUAAAUGAUGCACACAAAUGCAGCAGUCAUGACAGGGAAAACACUUACCAAGGUGAAGACAACAAGGGUGUAACUGAUAGUGACCCAGGAGGCAGAGACCCCAGGAGCAGCACCAACAAAGACAGCAUCGGGAAAUGGACUUUACCGAAAUUCAACGUGACAGGAAUUGGCCUCUAUGUCCCAAUGCCACCCAAUUCUAUUCGUCAACUGCUAGCUCAGGUGUUUACUGAGAGCCACAGAGCCACCACGCCAAGCCCAGAAGCAGGCAGACCAGUGGCUUUGCUUCGGGAUGCUGCUGUUCAACACCCUGUCCUGGCCGCCACCGCCCCUGCCUACGCCCGCAACAGCCUCUCCUCUGCCUGCAGCAGUCAAUGUGGUGGUGGCAUCCGAACCAUCUAUCAGGUAUGUGUGGAGGUGACGGACCCAGAGAAGGUGGUGUCAGAAGACAAGUGUGUAGGUCUGCCGAACUACCACGCUCCCUACAACCAAGUUUGCAAUGCCUUUCCAUGCCGGAACCCAAGAUGGGAGGCAGGUCCCUGGAGCCCCUGCUCUGAGUGGUGUGGUGUCGGGCUGCAGCACCGCCUUGUGGGCUGUGUCACACCUUUGGGGGAGGACAGAACCUCCUCCACUCUUGCUGCCGCCUGGUUCAUGAAGCCCAGCGACUGCCCCGGCGACAUGCCCAUCCCUGUGCGGGUGUGUGAGGGUCCCUGCCAGCCAGUGGAUUGCAGCCUCCCAGCCAACAUCCUACACAUGGCCUGCUCCAGCCACCUGAAGGAUCCGCCUCUGGAACAAGACCACAAAGAGAAAAUUUAAUCUGAAUCAGGACCUGUUUAGAAAAUACUAGGAUAUAUCUUGGAAAUCUUACUUUUAAGCAUUUCUUACUUUCAUAACUUCAUGUUCCUAUAAAUAGAUAAGUAUUUGAAAAGAUGUGCUAUUGUAGAAAAUCUGCUUGCACAGCGUAUAAUAUACACAGAAUAUACAGAGUGUGUGCACUUGUGUGUACACAUGAGCAUGCAGUGAGACUCCAACUUUCUCACUCGACUCUGCAGGUCAGAAUGAAUAAAUCAAUUUCGUUUGACAGUAGAGAGAGAGUGAUAAUGUGUAUAGCAGAGUAUCAGGUUCUGUAUAGUUAGAAAAAAAUGUACUAAUGCAUAGUGUACCCCUGAUUAUAAACUGAAAUGAAAAAUAAAUUUACAAAAAAUAA